AUGUACAUAAUAUCUUUGCUGUUCAAUGUCCCCGAAAUGUUAACAGCUAUAUUUGGCACAGUAUUUAUUUUCGCCACGGAAUCUGAAGGGGUAUGGUCCUCAGCAUUCGCGAGUAUAUGGUGGUGUAUGAGAAUUUUGUUUGUGACAUUUAGUCCAGCUUUUGCCGCUGGUAUGCUGGCUGAUCAGGCCCAAACGCUGAAACUUGUGCUCCAUGAGCGAUUGCUGCAAGAGAAAGAUUGGGACCAAUGUAACGAGUUGAGGAAGUUCUCCAACUACAUCGACAUCCGCCCCCUUCGCUUCACCGUGUGUAAAGUGAUACCGUUGAACUGGAACCUCGCCGUCAUCAUAGUCAACAUGAUCGUCUCCUACCUUAUCGUCAUGGUGCAGUUCUCUAACUUGAGUUUUCGUAACUUGUCACCCUAA